AUGCCUAGUGACGAGGAGGGCCGAUCUUCCUCUCCUAAUGCCCUAUUUAAGGAGCCGUUAAAAAAGCGUCUAUCUUCAGACGACAUAGACAUGAACGACGAAAAGGUAGCAUCGUCUUCAUUCCAAUCGCAAAUGAUUCAUUUGCCAUUGAAGAAGCAAUAUAUGCAAGAACAUCAUUUAUCAUCUCCAAUAAGCCAGUCCAUUGCCAAGCUCCCCUCUUCCCCGAUCCGAGCCGCACCACUUACAAUUGAUAUCGAUGACUCUGUAAAUAUGGCGUUAGAUAUUGAUGCGCCUAUUGAGACGCCCGCUAUCAAGGAGACUCCUCCUAUUAAAGAGGCACCCUCGACACACACAAAGACACAAGUUCAAAAAGGGAAAGCACAGCAGCAUACUAAGGCUUCAUCAUCGGCGUCAUCAGUUAAGCAUCAGCAUCCUGAAGAGGUACACCAUCAUUUUUACGUCAAGGACCUGGAAAAUUUCCCAUAUCAUGACGAGGUCGAGUCGUACAGAAAACGAGCUCUAUGGCUUCAAUACAGCUGCUAUAAACAAAAAUACUCGGAAAUUUACGGACAGUAUGGGGAGUUGAGGGACAAAUAUUCUCUCGUAUGCUCUCUGCUUCGCCAGUGUAUUAACGAUUCGGAAUCCCUUUCUGAGGCUUUGCAAGAAAAAGUGGAUCAGGUUUUAUCGCCAGCGUCUUCAUGGUUGACGUGCAUUAAAGAUCCCACCAAUUCAUUCUUAUUGGAAAAAGUUGU